AUGGGACAGGAGAUAUCUCAGCAAAAGAAAUGCAGCAUUAUUAGUCGACACAAAACACACCAACAAGCACCACAAACUCUUCAACCACACCCGAUACAAGACGCAACAAAAAAUCCCAAACCUUCUACUACUUUCACAACGUCCAACGGCAAAUACACUAGACACUCACAAGAAUUCCAAAGCGUCUACGCACCUUCCUCGAGCAUCUCGACGACCUCUUCCAGCUCAACCGACGACGAGCACUAUCGCCUAAGACAGAAAUACAAUCUGAAUAAGCAAACUUAUGAGAAAUUCCGAGCGUCGAAGAAACUCAGUCUCAUCAGCAGUACCACCGAUCAGAGUACUAGCACCAGCAAUUCCGCGUCGACCAAUAGCAGCUCAUCUACAUAUCAAAAUUCGAAAUCCAGUGAACCAACGUAUAACAACAUCGUGCGCAAACCAUCACAAUAUAAGCGCAAAAGUUCUUCGAGCACCGAUAGUGGCAUCUACUACGCCUCCUGCCAUUGCGCCUCUUCCUUCUUGUCUUCAUCAGCUACAUCCUCUUCUUCGCUGUGCUCCACAAGCGCCUGUGGCUGCUCCACUUCUGUGGCAUCUUCAUCCAACCAAUCGCGCAGCUCACUCGAUCAAAAGAAAAACUAUCUCUGUAGGCAUUUGUAUAUAAAAUCUUAUCUAGAUAUUUUGGAAGAAGACGAGAAGGCGCGCGCUCAUUUCAAAUCUGCUAAACCGGGCGGCAUACGCAAUUACAAACCGAAGAUUUUGGGCGAUAGCGCGCUGUCAACCAGUGCACCACAGAGCACAGGAUUUAGUAUCAGCAGCAACAACUUGAAGCUGCGUGAGAAGUGUAAGGAGAAUCCGUGGAUUUGA